CUCUCUCCUCCUCCGCCACAGUCUGGCGCUCUCCUCACCGCGCAGCUUUUCUAAUCCUUCUCCUCAAACUCCAGUCCGGACCAAAAACUGCAACAUUCCUGAGGACAACUUUCUCUCCGGCCCAUGAACGUAUCAUUCCUACAGACCAGAAGAAACAUUUGGAGAACACCUGGACACCGUUAAUUUCUGCUUAUAUAACUUUUCUUUGCACUUGAACGACUUCCUUUUACAUUUCAAAGACUUUGGCCCCGGACCUACGUCGUUUUUUGUGUGUCUUUUUAUUUUUUUUAAACUAUCAACGGUCAAAGUCAUUUUUCUCAUUGUUAUAUUAUUCUAUACAGACCAACAAAGCAGGACGCGGUAGGUCGUUUUUAAUUUUUUUUUGCACAACCCAGAAACCUCAACGUGUCGUCUUAAAUUGCGCAAAUAGUCCACAAUGGCAGGUUUGAACUCUCUGGAUGCCGUGAAGAGGAAGAUUCAGUGUUUGCAGCAGCAGGCCGACGACGCGGAGGACCGAGCUCAAGUCCUCCAGAGAGAGCUGGACAGUGAACGGGAGCUGCGAGAGAAAGCGGAGGGUGAUGUAGCAGGACUGAACCGUAGGAUCCAGCUGGUGGAGGAGGAGUUGGACCGAGCCCAGGAGAGGCUGGCCACAGCACUGCAGAAACUGGAGGAGGCUGAGAAGGCCGCAGAUGAGAGCGAGAGGGGGAUGAAGGUGAUUGAGAACCGAGCGUCGAAGGACGAGGAGAAGAUGGAGAUUCAGGAGAUGCAGCUGAAGGAGGCUAAACACAUUGCAGAGGAGGCCGACCGUAAAUACGAGGAGGUGGCCCGUAAGCUGGUGAUCCUGGAAGGAGAGCUGGAGAGAGCUGAGGAGAGGGCCGAGCUCUCAGAAUGUAAAGCCGGGGACCUGGAGGAGGAGCUGAAAAAUGUGACCAACAACCUGAAGUCCUUAGAAGCCCAGUCUGAGAAGUACUCAGAAAAAGAAGACAAGUACGAGGAGGAGAUCAAAGUUCUGACUGACAAACUGAAGGAGGCUGAAACCCGUGCAGAGUUUGCAGAGAGGAGCGUGGCCAAACUGGAAAAGUCCAUUGAUGACCUGGAAGAGAAAUUAUCACAAGCCAAAGAGGAGAAUCUGGGUAUGCAUCAAGUCCUGGACCAGACCCUGCAGGAACUGAACAGCUUAUAAAAGCACAGAGAGGAAGCCGGAGAGGAUGAGAUCGUCACGUAACAUUCCUUUAAUGUUCGACUCCAUUCCACAUUUCGACCUGUAAAAUCUUUAUUCCCAGUGUGAAGGGGGAUUAACUUAAUGCUUGUCCUUGAUGUUUUUUUUUUCUAAGGCACAACUUGGUUUCUUUUUUUUCUUCAUUUUUUUUUUUUUCUUUUUUAUGAUGGGAAGUAAUUAUGACCCCAUUGCUUCUUUUGUUUUGUCCCCAGCUGUGAUUGCAGAAAUUCUCCCCAGAAAUUAUAUUUGACCACUCAUUCAAAAAGAACCGGCAACUAACACACCCAAUGAAACCUCAGAUUUGGUCACUGCUUGAACCACUUAAACUGGCUCAAUUUUACAUUAUAUGUGCACAUACAUUAAGCCUCUGACUAAUUAUGUUAACACACAUGCUACAGAUGGUGUUGGGUUUUGCUGCGGCUACAUUUUGGCUCUGAAGUGCCACCCGGUGGUGAUACAGCGUUAGUCAACAGUCACGCUGUAUUAAGGGGCUACGAGUUAACAGGUUACCUUAUGGAAAGGUUUCAUUGAUAAAUAAACAGGUCAAGGCACAUGCUGCCCAGUCUCUCUGGGCUUCCCAACAUUUCAUUAGAAAAAGAAUUGCUCUUUUUGCCAUUCCCCUAUUAUCCCGAGGCCUACCUGUUGAAGAUGCACAGAGUAUGUAUGUGCAUAACAAUAUUGUUACUCUAUUUUGUUGGGUGGAAAUCUGUGCAAAACCUGAGAGCUGUGCAUGUACAGCAUCUAGAAGUGACUUGUAUUUCUUACCUGUACUACCUAUCCCUGAGUUUGACCUGACCGGUGACACAUUCAUCAUGAUUGCCAUAAGUAGCCAAUAUUUACUAGAUUUACAAUAUUUUGUAUUACAUGUGCGAGCGUAACCCAAAACCACUUGGAGCUCAAGUCAAGCUUUAUCAACCACGGAUACUUAUUGUAUAUAGUAGAGUAAUGUUAGGUAUUUGAGAAAUUGUAUUGCUAUGAUUAUUUUUGGUUUUGUUUUAUUUACACAACUUCUUAAUUUGCCAUGGGAACUCUCAACACCAAAGAACACACAUAACACAGACAAUACAUUCUUUAAAUGUUUUAUUUUUGUUUGUGAUGGCCAUCAUGGAUUCAUCUCCUGACAGGGCCAUGAAAAGCGCUUCACUCAUGACCGAGGCCAUUUUGAAACAUAUUGUUCACCAACCCCCGCCCCCCCAUGUCAACUUAAUAAAUGUUUUACAGAAAUCA